AGUGAAAUAGAUACACUGAGGCACGUGUAACUAUCUCCAAUAAGAAACUGACAAUCUUCUCUGAACUGAAUGAAGACCUCCAAAAAUAUCUUGCUGCUAAAACCAAGGAACUUGCAGAGCAAAAAGGCAUUAUAGAAGCACUCAAGCAAGAUGUAGAACUUCAAAAAUCAGAAGUUGAGAGCAACAGAAGAGAAGUUGAAAUCCUUGAGCUGAAAGUUCAGAAGCUGGGUGAAAGACCAGAAGAGACAGAUAAAAUGUUUGUCCAACCUAAAACAAAUACUGAGGAGCUAAACAAUAUCAAAGCCAUACUGGAUGGAAAAGGUGAAUAUACAGUAAAGAAACAACAUCCAAACACUCUGGAUUCAAAUACAGAAAAUGGGGAACAAGAAGAAAGUGUUGAAACUGAACUGAAAUCAUCCCCAGCCAAUCACAAGCUUGCUAAGAAUGGAAUCAUAGACUCGGGAUCAGAUAUGGUUGGAAAGCUUUUGAACACUUUUACUGGAAACACACUACAUACAUCAGUCCAUGGAAAGCUGAAAACCAGACAUACUGGGGCUCAGAUCUCUAAAAGGUUUUUGACCAAUGGUGUUCAAGAGGGACCUGUAGCAUUCCAUGCAGUUAUAGCUAGGAAUCAUAUUGAACAUCUAGGUCUUGAUCAGAAUGUUGUCUUUGAAUCUGUUAACCUCAACCUAGGGGGGAGGUUACAGCAAUCAACAUGGACUUUUCAUUGCUCCAAAAUCUGGACUUUACAUUUUCUCUACAUCAAUUAUGAGCUAUAUAAAUGCAAAAGCAGAGUUUAGUGCAGCAAUAAUGAAAAAUGGAAACACUCUUGCUGGUGCCUUUGGUCACGGAGAUUCUGGGAGACCUGAUCAAGGCUCUGUUACCGUGGUAACUCAGUUAAAUGUCGGGGAUGAGAUCAGUGUGAAGAACAAGAAUAUUGCUGAUGAUGACCUAUGGGGAGGCAGAUUCUGUAGUUUUAUGGGAAUAUUAGUUAUUGAAAUGUAACAACCACACUAACUUCUGUUUUCAAAACUGUAAGCCAUUUUUCAAUA